UCCUGAUUCAACGAGUUUCCCCCAACGACCUCCACGCCCCUCGAUCCGUCCGGAACCCGCCGCGCUCCCCUCGAUCCCCGUCCAAACCCAGAUCCGACGGACACGGAGCCCUGGCUUCCGCAGCGAGCCCCUCCCAUAAAUUCCGCCGCCCGGGAGGGAGGGAAACUGGGAAGCAGUUGUUGAGACUCGAAACACCAGCGAUUCGGCUCGGCAGAUAGGAGGGGGGAUGGAUCCCGUGGAGGCGGAGGAGCAGCAGACGGAGCCGCCGGACGACGAGGCCUACGCCGAGGCAGAUCCCACCGGCCGCUUCAUCCGGGUACGUGCGCACGCUGUCCUCUUCCGAGUUCCUCCCUCUUGCGCGCUGCCGUUCUUACUUUGUUGCUACAAGGCCUUCGAUAAGCUGGAGGGCGAUGAGGUCGCGUGGUGCCAAACACGGAUUGAUGAUUCUGUCAUGGGUUCCUCAGAGAAGAUGGCACAACUGAAUACGGAGAUCAGUCUGUUGAAGACGCUGAGGCACAAGAACAUUCAGAAGUUGUUUGCCUCAUGGAUUGAUGAGAAUAAGAAGACAGUUAACAUCAUCACAGAGCUCUGCACAUCCGGCAGUUUGAGGCAGUUUCGUAAGAAGCACAACAAAGUCGGUAUGAAGGCUAUGAGAGGAUGGGCAAUACAGAUAUUGACAGGGCUGGAAUACCUUCACAGUCAAGAGCCGGCGAUUAUUCAUAGGGAUUUAAAGUGUGACAACAUAUUCAUAAAUGGUCAUGAUGGACAAGUGAAGAUUGGCGACUUUGGUCUGGCGACAUUUUUGCAUCAACGGAAAAUGAGAAGUAUCAAAGGCACAUUAGAGUUUAUGGCACCAGAACUCUUCACUGGGAAAUACAAUGAGUUGGUGGAUAUAUAUUCAUUUGGGAUGUGCAUGCUUGAAAUGGUGACAUGUGAAUAUCCAUACAGUGAAUGCGAAGGCAAGCCAUGGAUAUACAAGAAAAUUUCUGAAGGUAUAAAACCAGCUGUGCUUUCCAAGGUUGAAGAUGCAGAAGUAAGAGGUUUCAUAGAAAUCUGUUUGGCUCCGGCAGCUGAAAGACUUUGUGCAAGUGAGCUCUUAAAGAACUGUUUCCUCCAGAAAGACAAGCCUAUCCCAGCGCCUGCGCCUCCUAUUUCAGUCUCUCUGGUCUCGAGUGUGACUAAAGAUGGGCGGCAGUCUGCCAGUUUCAUGCUAUGGAAGGGUGAAUUCUCACUGAAAGGCGAUAUGCAUGUCACCGACCAUGUUAAUUUAUCACUAAGAUUUCCUGAUCCCAGUGGUUGUUUUAAGAAUGCCGAGUUCCCGUUCGAUGUGGACCAAGAUACCAGCCUUUCUGUGGCUCUGGAAAUGGUCGACACUUUCGGAUUGCCGCAAGGGAACAUGCAGAUCAUAGCGCAGCUGAUUGAGGUGUUCUUGCUCAUCCUGAUCCCUGAAUGGGUGCCCUGCAUCGCUGUCGGACGGGUGGUUGUGGUUCCUGAGAGUGCAAACAGCCACAGCUACAUCUCCAAAAGAAUCAUGAACUGCAGGCAGCUCAGAUUGGCCGUCCUAGGAUAGUACUGUUUUCCCCAAGCUAGUGUAUCUUCAGGUUUUUUGUUUAGUCAGAUGAAUUUGGCCUUGCUUCAGCCUCUGGUGCGGCUCAUUUUACAGUGCCCACUCGAUGUGCUGCUAGACAUGGCAUUUUUCGUUGAUGAUGGUGAAAGUUAGUGCAGAUCUACUAGAUUCAUUGAUUGAGAUUUAUCAGUUGGAGGUAGUUCGAAUGUGUCCCUUUUUUAUUUUAA